ACAACUUCACUUGCAACCCUGCCUCUGUGGAAAGAUGCAAGUGUUAGUAAAAUAAUUUCUAGUCCCUGUAUCGUAACCUCGUAACGGUUUUGUGGUCUCCUACCUUCAUUAAUAACUGCCACUAUGUGCCUGUACAAAUUGUCAUACCUAUAUGAAUUGGCUUAUCAGUAUCAAUGGCACUGCAAGCAUGAUCAAGAGCACGACCUCGUCUUAUGCCCAUCCUCUACCGAGAAACAAUGUAUUGCGAGGAGUCUCUUCAAACCCAUUCUAGCUAAGAACACUCAGUAGCAUGCCUGCACAAGUACCCCCCUCGAAAUCGAACAGACCACAAACGCACAAGACAUGUCUCUCUGUUGCAUUGAAAACCACCAUGAAACUCCUGGUCUGGCUGCUCCUAAUUCCAUCAACUUGUUCGUUGGCGGUAUCUUGUAACUGUGCCAUCGGCGUGAACUUGUCUUGCACUGAAACACGAGUACAGACCUACUAGCAGUGGCACCUUAAACACUUCAUUUCCUUCGUCAGUGGGCUUCGCGUUUAGAGGUUGUUCAUCCAUCUAGACGAUGUAAUUCGUGGAUCAACAAUUCAACAUAACCACCACUCUAGAAUAUUGCAUGAAUUGUGAAACAAAGCAUUGCACAAACAUACCAAAAUCUCAGUUAUGGACUUAUGGUAUCAAAAUGAAUUCAAAAGAAUCUUGGAAGAAACGGGCACUACAGAAACAAAAUUAGUUUGGGGCUUAAAUAGUAGAUAUCCAAUAGUUGAGGUAUUGAAGUGCAAUAUAACUAAAGGAAACACGUCCGACCGGCGGAGGCAAUCCCCGGAUUCUAAUUCCAUCGGCAAAGAAAACAGAAUUCAUAAUCCCUAAUUUCGGUUUCAAUACGAUCCGGCAGCUUAUCUCUUUCGAUUCACCAACUGCCGGCGUGAAAUUUUCUUCUGGGGUUUCUCUAGUUCAGGAGAAGAAGUCGAUUAAAGCCGUCGGCAACCUGGUCCGAGCAUCUGGAAUCCAACAUCAUCAUUUCUCUUCAACAACUACUCAAACGAGAGUCAGGAGAAGCCAUAUUUUGACGGUAACGGAAGUACCCAUCUCAAGCUUUAUCAUUUUCUCUUGAGCGAGUCAUGAAUCUCACCACAUUCGAGAAUCCAUCGUUAGUUUUUAAUUGUGAACUAAAACUGCGUGAUGAAAUGCAAUCACUUUCAAGCUGUUAGUCUUGUGAUUGUUGGUUUGAAUAAAAUGAUUUGUUCUGGUUCUGUAGGUUUUUUAGCAAGAGUGGCGCAUGGGGGAAAGUUUCUGGUGAUCCAAGGAGUUGGAUAUACAUUUGGUUGAUCUCAUAUGUUUGCUCAGAAGCUAAUCAAUGGCAGUGGUAGGCAGAAAUCCUUGCCUUUGCUUCACCCUCUUCGGAAUUUUUCGCUCUGGUCUAUGAAGAAGGACCCUGAUCUUGAAGCUGCUCUAUCUAGAAACCGUAGAUGGAUUGUCAACAAUCAAAUAAAGAACAUGAUUCUAAGAUGUCCUGGCCAAGCUGCCUCUGUCAAAUAUCUGCAGAAGAAGUUCAGGACUCUUGAUCUUCAAGGUAAAGCCGUCAAUUGGCUCAAGAAAUACCCUUGUUGUUUCGAUGUCUAUCUACAGAAUGAUGAGUACUACUGUCGAUUGACUAAGAGGAUGCUGUCAUUGGUGGAGGAGGAAGAAUCUGUUAAAGAUAUGCAGGAGCCCUUUUAUGUCGAGCGGCUAGCCAAGUUGUUGAUGAUGAGCACUAACCAGAGGAUCAAUGUUGUCAAACUUAACGAGCUGAGAAGAAAUUUGGGGUUUCCAGAUGAUUACAUAAUCAGAAUUCUCCCCAGAUACCCGGACAUGUUUCGACUUGUCAACCACACUGGGAGAAAGAGUUCAAUGGAGAUUGAACUUUUAUCAUGGAACCCAGACUUUGCAGUUUCUGCUGUGGAAACCUCAGCAUUGGUGAGAGGUUGCAGCCCUUGUUUUUCAUGUUCUCUGCCUUCAUCUUGGGUUCAAUCAUGGGAAAGAUUUCAUGAAUUCAAUGCCAUACCGUAUGUGUCACCUUACGAUCGUGCCAGGGGAUUGGUCGAAGGUGCUAAGGAGACGGAGAAACGAACUGUGGGUUUGGUACACGAAUUGCUCUCGCUGACUUUGUGGAAGAAGAUGUCAAUCGUUAAGCUGGGGCACUUCAAAAAAGAGUUCAGUUUACCAGACAAAUUGAAUGUUCUGUUGUUAAAGCAUCCUGGCAUAUUCUAUGUGUCCAACAAGUACCAGAUAUACACGGUUCUUCUGAAAGAUGCAUAUAAUGGCUCGGACCUAAAAGAGAUGGAUCCUCUUGUUGUUGUUAAGGGGAAAUUUGGUGAGUUGAUGCAAGAAGGACUUCAUGAGUAUAACCAGCGACACUAUUUAAUGAAUUUAGAGAAACAGAAGAAGAAAGGCUUUGUUGCUGCAAGGUCUGGGAAAAAGAAGGAUAGAAGUACUGAAUCAUCAGAACAAGAUAGAGAUAAGGUUAGUGGUUUGUUCAACCCCGAAGAAAGAAAAAGGUUUUAUAAGGUUCUUUUUGAUGAUGCUGGCCCAUGAAAUCCGUUUGGUUAGUCAUCUUCAUCAGUAAUAUGUUUGGUUAGUAAUCUGCUCACAAUAGGCUACAGGUCUUAAUUAAUUUUAUCGGUGAAACCAAGCAAAGAUGGAGCUAUCCUCAACAAAGGCUCCAAGGUACUUGGGUGAAACUUCCUAGCAAAGAGAAAACAAAUGGUGCUCCUAGUCCGAUGAGUAAACCCACAGUCGGUCAUGUUCCUAAUCUUCAUUAAGAACCCUUCACUUACAUGCUUCCUAACAAACAUGGAGGGAUGAGAGCCUGGUCGGGACCAAUCAACCCACGUGAUGCUGUGGUUCGUGUUAAUCUCUGGUAAGAUCUUGGUCACAAGUGUCGGGAAGUAAUGCUCGUCCAUGUAACACCGUGGAGGCUUACAAUGUUGUUUGAGAAUAGAGUAGUACUUUAUGUCAGAGACCAUCUGAACUGCGACCCUACGAUGGACUUCAAACCACUGAGAACCUUUGCGCCAGUCGGCCAGGGUCAGCUCUGGCUGCAUUCUUUUGUUGUAUCGUCCCCUGCCCAUAGGGCGAGGGUCAUCAAUGGAGCCCAGGAAGCUCUGGUUCCAUGAGCUGAUAAUAAGGUAGUUGUAGAUUGUGGUGAAAUUGAAUAUAGGAAUGCAGGUAUCCGAGAGAAGAAUGAAUCUUUCGUUCGACCAGUCCAGAAGCGCAUUGGCAAGUAAUCGCCUUUCUGCAUCCACCAUUGUUGCUGUUCCCCAUUGCACUGGCUGCAGUCAAUUAGCUGUAAGUUUCAACUUACAUGAAAACAGAAGAAGAAAACAGAUUAUAAAAGUGGGUUUUGACCUUGCUUGGGAUCAUGCGAUUGUAAAAGACUGAUGAUGAAUAGGGAGGCGUGAAAUCUAUUAUCGAAGAAACAUGAAGAUAAAUGGAGUAAAAGCCUUCAUGCCCUUUGAAGAACAUCUCCCAGAGAGGUGCAAGCGGCAAGUUUCCCCUGCUUAAGAACAUGAAUGCUAGUUUUGGGGUGCGAUUAUAAGGAUAUUGCGAGACACGUGGCUCCAUCGAUGCCCGCCACAUUAGCUCCUCAUCGUUCAUUGAAUGCCAUACUUGAUCAGCCGAUUGGGAAGCCAAAGAAGUAUUCAUGGUGCUGGAAGCACAAUCGGGAAUCGGAGGAGAGAAGAAAAUAGCAGGAAGUACUUCUUCCAUUGAAGAAGAGGAAGACAAGAACUCUGUUACAUGUGUACGUAAGAAAGCCCCAAGAAACAGAACAAUCGACGUAAUGAACAAGCAUAGAAUUAUGGUGGUGAUUCCUACAUGAAGGCUUCCACCUCUACUGGAUUCUUUUCUGAGUCGCACUGUAAGGUAUUUGGCCAAUAUUGUCGCCUUGAAUUGCCCCAUUUUUUUCUGCAAUCUCUGUAACUGCCUGUUCCUGCUUUGCCAGCCUAUAGAUAAAACGGGUUUUAAAAAGGCAAUGAAGAGAAGGAAUAGUGUGAGGGAUGAACGGAGAGAGUGAACACAUGGGAAGUAAUGUUUGGAGGUUAGAAAUGUCAGUGGGAAGCCACAGAAAGUAGACUUUGCUGUUGCAGAAGAAGUGGAAGGGGAGCUGCAGGGCAGAAGGGGAAAAAAUGUGAUUAACAGAUGAUCAUGAAUGUCUGUCUUCUUUCUUUUUUGCUUCUCAUCUAGCUAGGUUGAAGCUACUGUACAUUUCCACACCACUAGUUUUUAGAAGUGUACAUGAGCAUAGUAGAAUCGCGAGACAGUUCAAUAUGUCAUCACGAUAAAUCGAAAGACACAAUCGCUGAAAUAAUCAUGCAAUAUAGAUUAAGGGCUAUC